CUCCACUUCUCUCUCUCUCUCUCUCUCUCUCUCUCUCUCUCUCUCUCUCUCUCUACAUUUUCUUGACGGAUUCUCAGAGGCUUUCUCUGGAGCCAAACGACGGCCAAGCAUGAGGAGAGAUGAUCUCUAUAUCACAGUACCCAGCUUCUUCCGGUGUCCGAUUUCGCUCGAUCUGAUGAAAUCGCCUGUGAGUCUCUGCACCGGCGUUACCUAUGACCGCGCCAGCAUCCAGCGCUGGCUCGACGGUGGCAACAACACUUGCCCGGCGACGAUGCAGGUCCUUCAAAGCAAGGAGUUCAUCCCCAACCGUACUCUACAGCGCCUCAUCGAGCUCUGGUCCGAGUCAGUACGUCGCCGCGCGACCGUCGAGUCGCCGGAGUCCGCCGCACCGACGCGGGACGAGGUCGCCAUCGCGAUCGAGAGAGUCAAAUUCGAGAAGGAAGUUCGCGAUGACCUCGAGAUGCUCUCGAAGAUCCUCCGAUUCGCCAGAGAAUCUGAGGAGAAUAGAGAAUUUCUCGCCGGGAAGGAGGAUUUCGUGCCAAUGCUUGUGGAUCUCAUGGGCCAAGUAGAUUCUAGAACCUUCUCAAUCCCUAAAUUGCAGGUGAUUCAAGAGGCUGUGAUGAUUCUGAGCGUUGUCCGGAGUAAAAUCUCCGAUCGGAAACGGUUUUCCAAUCUGAUCCUAUCAAAUGGUCGAGAUUGCUUGACGGCAUUCGUCGUCCUGCUCAAGAGCAGGAAUAGCCAUAUGAAAAUCGACUGCGCCGCCGUGUUGGAGUUCAUCGCCGUCGACGCCGAAUCGAAACUUUUGAUCGCUGAGAGAGACGGAUUAAUCCACGAACUGAUUAAGUCGAUAAACAGAGAUAACGAUCAGAGCUUGAUCGAAGCGAGCCUUUCCUGCUUGAUCGCGAUCGCGUCACCGAAGCGCGUGAAGCUCACCCUCGUCCGAGAAAAUCUCGUAACGGAGCUCACGAAGCUGUUGACAGAUCCGGCGACGGCGAGCGCUUCGGUGAUCGAGAAAUGCCUGAAACUUCUGGAGACGCUUGCGUCCUGCAAGGAAGGCCGGGCGGAGAUCUGCGGUGGUGUAGAUGCGGCGGAGAAGGAGACGGCGUGCGUGGUGGCGGUGGUGAAGAAGCUGAUGAAGGUGUCGGCGGCGGCGACGGAGCAUGCCGUGACGGUGCUGUGGAGCGUCUGUUAUCUUUUCAAGGAAGAGAAGGCGCAGGAGGCCGUCAUGAGAACUAACGGCGUUACCAAGAUUCUGUUACUGUUGCAGAGCAACUGCUCCCCCGCCGUCAGGCAUAUGCUAACGGAUCUGUUAAAGGUCUUCAAGGUUAAUUCCAGGUCCUGCCUUUCCGCUUACGACACCAAAACGACACACAUCAUGCCGUUUUGAUCCCCCCCCCCC